UUCACUUUUAAAGAUCUAUUACUUCAUUAUGGGUUUAGAAAUCAAAUCCUCCUUAGCUCUCUCGCUCUGCUCAAAUCCCUCCCUUACUGGAAUUUCUCUAUUCCUCCUCGUUAUCUACGCCCUGUUCGGGAUACUACGUCCCGUUAUUGAUUUGUUGCGAAGUCGAUAAUUCGACAGCGUUAAUACAAAUACAGGCAUCGACAACUCCUCUUAGCUCUUUGUUGUGAUUACAAGUUCUAAAGUGGCCCGCUUAUUACCUAUCGCUAUCACAAGCCUGAACCAGCAUGACGGGCCAAGUCUUUUCCCAGCCUUCCCCAUCCUCGGCGUCUGUUCCCCGUGCAAUCCGGACAACCGGGCUAAUUGCUCGAGCAAUGCUCCAAAGUGAGUGGGCCAAGGCUGAGGCCGACUCUAAGGGAGACUCUCCACAGGACAUCUACUCUCGACCCACCCCAAACGUGAAGGAUGCGGGACUGCGUUUUGAAAAUCUUCCCUUUCUCCCUCAAGAGAUCCGCGAGGAGAUCCUCACCUGUUGUCUUCUCAGUCUCCGCCCCAUCAAAGUUUGCAACGUUGACCGAAGACAAUUCAAUGAAGACAGGGGAUGGCGCCGGCUCAUCGGAUACGAAUGGGAGAUGAUCCCCAAAAGCAUUGAAGACCUCUCCCUCAACCUCCUUCACUGCGGGAACAGACAUCUAGCAGCUGAUGCAGCUCGCAUCUUCUACGGUAAAAAUACCUUCGAAUUUGGCGGCGAUCAUGGCUGGAGCAUCAUCCUAGCCUGGCUGGACCUCAUCGGAGAGACCAAUUGCAAUCAUCUUCGACACCUCCGCAUCGGCAUUCACGCGGACCCGAUGACACGCAGUGAGGAUUCGGAGCAUUACCCUAAUAACAAGGCAAACUUCCAGUGCAAUCGCCUAUUCCAAAUUGCACCGACCUACCUCAAGCGUAGCGAGAUGCCGCCAGAAUACGAGUUCGACAAAUUCGCUCCUAUCAUGGAGAGGGUGUUCGAGAAGCUGGGAAGUCGAGGACCUGGGCCUGCACUCGAUAUUAUGUUCCGUCCGGACCGGCAGUUUUCAUUGGUAAAGAUCCUACGUCUAUAUUACGGAUGGGAGCAGACGGAGGGGUGGUGGCGAUAUCAACCCUACGCUGUAAAGCUGGUGCAGCGUAUCAACAAUGCAUGCGAGAAGCACACGAGUGGCACAUCGCAACGAAAGGUGGAGAUGUUAUGGGAUUGGUGUUCUGGUGGGAUCGAUGCUGCAAAGGAUAUCACAGUGAUUAACAGGCAAGGGUGGGAAUGGGUGUACGGACACUCGCCCCGAAGACUUGGCUGGUGCGAAUUUGUCAUCCUUAGAAGCAAGAUGCCCAAGGAGGUGAAUCCGGAUGGUGCUGACGCUUAAGAGAAGCAUAGAGCCAGGUGAAAAUGAUUAUCUAGACCACGCGAGUAGGGGGUUAAAAGCAUCCGGGAGCUCGCGCUCAGAAGACAGACCAUAUGAGUCUAUAAUGAGGAGGAUAUUAGGGGAUUUAUCAGAGACGGAAAGCGUGGGCAUACCCACAUCAUCAUGUACUGCA